CUGCACACACAAUGUUAACGGCUGCAAGGUUCUGAGCAAACCCUAGCAGGAGGUCAGCCCCCCGCUUUCUCCUACUGAAUUGAAAGGAACAACAUGCAGCGCAUUGCGGUGGUCUUGGCCACGAUUUGCAUUGUUGCGGUGAGCGGAGACCACAACUGCACCAAGUCCGGAGGAUGUGGUGGCCCUUCAACAUGCGGACCCCUGGAAGUUCCCGUGCAGGGAAAGCCCCGGCAGGACAGCUUCUGCCGACCUCUGUUCACGCCCGCUUGGGAGCUGCACAAGCUCCGCAGCUGCGUGUGCAAGCAGCGGUACCUGCGCAACUCCUGGGGCGAAUGCAUCCCGCGAAAGAAGUGCAUACCUUGCAAGUUCCGAUGGCAAAGAGAUUAUCGCACAUGCGCACCCGGAUGCCCCGCAACCUGUAACAUGCCAUUCGGCACGUCAUGCAACAAGCCGUGUACCGCUGGUUGUGACUGCCCGCCUGGUUGGGUAGUGCACCCGAAACUCCCAAAGAUGUGCAUCAAGGCCAAGAAGUGUCUUCCGAAAUGUCCAGCGAACUCAAGUUUCCAGUCGUGUGUUUCGAAUUGUCGUCCUAAGUGCGGCGACAGCCAACCCAAUAGAUGCGACUUUCAAUGCGAUAAGGGCGCCUGCAUCUGUAAAAAGGGCUACGUUGAAUUGGAGCGAGGUGGCCAGAAAUCGUGCAUUCUGGAGGCAAUGUGCCCGACGCACGCCCGUACCAAACCUUUGUUUAAGCCUAACAUAACUCUAAAUACGGGCGGAGGAGAAAGGGUUCCAGUCACUGCCAAUAUCACGCGAGGCGUCGUAGGCCCUCCAGGCAGUACGGCCUUGCUGGCUCCCUCAGGACAUGUGUCGACAAGUAGUACUGCAGAACUUGGUGGAUCCACUGUAAGUACGGGAACAGGAGGUACGCAUUCACCUAUUACCGCUGGAACAGCUGGCAAUGUUCUCCCUGUCGGGUACUGAAGCCACAAGCUCACCUGGGGCUACCGUGCAUCGCCCAACUACUUUAGGAACGAGCUCAGGGGGCACAGUUUCAAGUACAAUUACCGGCAAUACCGCAGAAGAUGCGUACUCACAUGGUACUACAGGACUUCCAGCACUGUAACGGGAACAAACUCAGCGGCUACAGUAAUUAACGGCCACGCCGGCCUUGUCGCGACGCAACCUAGCGGAGGUACAGAAGCCACACUAUCGCCUUCUAUUGUCAUGCCUUCCGGAGGUGGGGCCAGAGGAGAAAGCGCACAACCACCUAUUGCUCACCUUAAUCGUAAUGUGGGUUUCGAAGUCACAGUUCCAGGUACGCGUUUAAGUCUUGCUAGUGGGCCUCCCACAGCAGACAAUAGAACAUCACCGGCUGCUAGGCCACUGUUUAUUUCCGCUGGGAAUAACAGGUUCGGUAUCGUUACGGAAGCAGUGGGUGCACUUAAUACCGGACUAUACGGUGCAGCCCGUGGCAGACGAUACAUGGCGGGUACACCACCGCUCGUAACAGCAGGAUAUCACGGUGGCCGCUUCGGACUUCACCCAUUCCAUAUGCCUUCAUUUGGAACAUUUGGUUAUAGCGGUGCUGGUUUCGAGCGAUACCCGUGGGCUGCACAAUUUCUGCACCCAUGGGCUACGGCCAUCGCUUAUUUGGACACCGCAGUACGGGGCCGCCCUCGGGUUCUACCCAUGGGGCCUAUCUUUACCUGCUAGGAUAAUCGGAAACGGUUGGACUGAGUUCGGAAUUUCUCCAUGGGGCUCACCCUUGCAAGCCAUUCGUGGACAUGACGGUGCGCAUUUAGGAUUUCAUCCUUGGAAUACGUUCUCACGCAGCGCAGCGGCAUACGGCACAGCUGGUUUCCCAUUUGGACGGAAUAGUAUAUAUGCACCUCGAGCCAUCGGUUUCCCGAGGGCCAGUGUUGAUAUGUGAGCGGAAGUUGCGCGCUCCACUGGCAUCACGUGGUAUAGCGGUGCCCGCACCUGAGCACUUUCUCCGGGCAGCCGCUAAGUUAUAGCCUGCUUAUUUUAUUGUUUUCUUGUACCAUAAGUACAAUGUAGUUUUCUUGUACCAUAAGAAUAUAGCUACAGUACUAUGUAAAAAUAAACUAGUUGAUAUGCGAUCUUCAAGUUUCUUUGCAUGAUGAACCCUAACGCAUUAUUUUUCGGUAGGUAUUGGCUAAUAAAAUCCGA